AGGGGCAUACUCUCAGAGCUUUGCAGCUGAGGGUUUUAAUUUUUUGAGAUGGGGUCUCACUCUGUCCCACCAGGCUGGAGUGCAGUGGCGCAAUCACAGCUCACUGCAGCCUCGAACUCCUGGGCUCAAGCAAUCUUUCUACCUCAGCCUCUUGAGUAGCUGGGACUACAGGCUUGCGCCACCACGCUCAGCUAAUUUUUGAACUUUUUUGUAGAGAUGAGGUCUCCCUAUAUUGCCCAGGCUGGUCUCUUAACUCCUGGGCUCAAGCGAUCCUCCUUCCUCAGCUUCCCAAAGCACUGGGAUUACAGGCAUGAGCCACCAUGCCUGGCCAAUGCAGGGUGCCCCUCCGGCCUCGCCAUGAGGCUCUUCCUGUCGCUCCCGGUCCUGGUGGUGGUUCUGUCGAUGGUCUUGGAAGGCCCAGCCCCAGCCCAGGGGGCUCCAGAAGUCUCCAACCCCUUUGAUGGCCUGGAGGAGUUAGGAAAGACCCUGGAGGACAACACUCGGGAAUUCAUCAACCGCAUCACACAGAGUGAACUUCCUGCCAAGAUGUGGGAUUGGUUUUCAGAGACAUUUCGGAAAGUGAAGGAGAAACUCAAGAUUGACUCAUGAGGACCUGAAGGGUGACAUCCCAGGAGGGGCCUCUGAAAUUUCCAACACCCCAGCGCCUGUACUGAGGACGCCCUCCAUGUGUGUCCAAUGUGGUCACACGCCCAGGUGUGACCAAUAAAAAUCCUAUGGAAAAUUC